AUGGCCGAAAAACUAGAAGAUUUAAAUUUACCCUUAACUGUCGUAACUCGUAUUGUGAAGGAAUCACUGCCAGAAGGUGUGUCCAUUUCAAAAGAAGCGCGUACCGGUCUAGCCAAAGCGGCUUCAGUUUUUGUUUUAUACGUUACUUCUGCGGCGACGAACAUAGUUAAGAAUAAUAAGAGGAAGGCUUUAACAGGUCAAGAUGUUCUAGAGGCGAUGAAGGACAUUGAAUUCGAUAGAUUUGUGGAACCUUUAACCGAAGCCUUGGAGAACUACAAACAAGCUGUCUCAGCAAAGAAAGCCGGUGCUGGAAAGAAAAAGGAAGACGUGGAAGAUGUCGAAAUGAUCGAAGAUGAU